AAACAUUUGCGAGUUUUCAGCUAGGGCACGCUUCUCUCUCUCUCGCGGCCUCCUCUCUCUCUUGCGCCGCCCCCAAAAAAGGUUAUUGGCCUAUUAUUGUUCGGAGAUGGCUGAUGGUCAUGAGACAGAUAAGAACAUUCAGGUGUGGAAAAUCAAGAAAUUGAUCAAAGCUCUUGAGGCUGCUAGAGGAAAUGGGACAAGUAUGAUUUCCCUUAUCAUGCCCCCACGCGAUCAAAUAUCUCGGGUAACCAAGAUGCUUGGUGAUGAGUUUGGAACCGCAUCGAAUAUCAAAAGCAGGGUGAAUCGACAGUCAGUUCUUGGUGCAAUCACUUCUGCUCAGCAGAGGCUUAAGCUUUAUAACAAGGUCCCUUCAAACGGCCUUGUUCUGUAUACUGGCACAAUUGUGACAGAAGAUGGGAAGGAAAAAAAGGUGACUAUAGAUUUUGAGCCUUUCAGACCUAUUAAUGCAUCUCUCUAUCUUUGUGACAAUAAGUUUCAUACUGAAGCUUUAAAUGAACUUCUGGAAUCUGAUGAUAAGUUUGGAUUUAUUGUCAUGGAUGGCAAUGGUACUCUGUUUGGGACCUUGAGUGGUAAUACGAGAGAGGUGCUUCAUAAAUUUAGUGUGGAUCUCCCAAAGAAACAUGGAAGAGGAGGACAAUCAGCUCUACGGUUUGCCCGUCUUCGUAUGGAGAAGCGUCAUAACUAUGUGAGAAAGACUGCAGAGCUUGCUACUCAGUUUUACAUCAAUCCUUCUACCAGCCAACCUAAUGUUUCUGGAUUAAUACUGGCUGGUUCAGCUGAUUUCAAAACUGAGCUUAGUCAGUCAGAUAUGUUUGAUCCUCGGCUUCAGGCAAAAAUACUUAAUGUUGUUGAUGUUUCCUAUGGAGGGGAAAAUGGGUUUAAUCAGGCCAUUGAACUAUCUGCUGAAAUACUGGCCAAUGUGAAGUUUAUCCAGGAGAAACGAUUGAUUGGAAAAUACUUUGAGGAAAUCAGCCAGGAUACUGGAAAGUUUGUUUACGGGGUUGAUGAUACUCUAAAAGCUCUGGAGAUGGGAGCUGUUGAGACACUUAUUGUCUGGGAAAAUCUCGAUAAGAAUAGGUAUGUCCUGAAAAAUAGUGCUACUGGUGAGAUUAUUAUUAAGCACUAUGGCAAGGAUGAGGAGACCAACCAAAGCAAUUUUCGGGAUCCUGUGAGCUCUGCUGAUUAUGAGGUUCAGGAAAAGACAACUCUGCUGGAGUGGUUUGCAAAUGAAUACAAACGGUUUGGUUGCACUCUUGAAUUUGUCACCAAUAAAUCACAAGAAGGUUCACAGUUUUGCAGAGGUUUUGGUGGGAUAGGUGGGAUCUUGCGCUAUCAACUUGAUAUGCGAUCAUUUGAUGAUUUCUCUGAUGAUGGAGGCUUAUAUGAAGAUUCUGAAUAGCAAUCAAGGAAAUGCUUCCUACUGCUGGUGCAGGAAAGGGGGUCAAAAUACCUGCACCAGUAUGGGAGGUGGUUGCACUUGCCGGUGCUGCUCCUCCUCACUUGUCUGUGGUGUUGCACGGAAAGUUUGAUUGUGAAUCGAGAUGCUUCCCCCAAAGUGCUUACUGAUUCAAGUAACACUAUUGUUCUCUUAUCCUUCACACCGGCACCACCAAUUUCUGCAAUGUUGCUCGCAACAUCUGGUGAAAAUUUGGCUUAUCUUCUUAUAUUUAGGUUUUUGUUUAAAUCUUCUUACUUCAUGUCCAUGUAAGUAUUCCCCUGAACAUAUCUGGUUUUUGUCUUUUAGCUCCCCUACUAUGUUCUUGCAAGGCAAGAACAAAGACUUGUUCCCCAUGGAAACACAACCUAGCAUAAAUGAAGGUGAAUCCAAGUACUUCAUCGAAAGUAGUUAUUCAAGGAUGCUCCAGCAUUGCUAUACAUGGCACUUGAGCGUUAGUCCAUGACUAUAUUUUCAUGCCUUAAUCAUACUUUCAGAACUGAGUUGGAAUGUUCUUUUUUAUUUUCUUGGUACUUUACACAUCGUGUGCUUCUAUUGACAGUAUGACUUGUAUUUUCAUAGAUUGCAUUGACAAUAUGACUUGUAUUUUCAGAGAUUGCAUAAUGAUUCUACGUGAUGUGAUUUUAUGAAAGAUAUCUGUUUG